AUGCCACUACCAGAUUGGGAUGACAACACAAAUAAAUCUAGUCGUGGAAAACUAUUAAUCAUAGGUGGAAGUCGACGUUUACCCGGAGCAGUUAUUCUUGCUGCUCGAGCAGCUCUACGAAUUGGUUGUGGAACAGUUCGUGUUGCCGUACCCGAAAGUAUUGCCACAGCAAUGGGUGUAGCUGUUCCCGAAUUAAUGAUACUUCCUCUGGCAGAAACAUCACACGGCACCAUAGCGGCAAGUGCUGCCUCGAAGUUAAUCAAAGAACAAAUGAAAGUAUGUUCAGCUAUUGUUCUGGGACCUGGUAUCGAUGAAGAUAAAGACACUGAGAAAGCCAUACGGGAACUGCUUGAAAAGGCGUUUUUACCAACAGUUGUUGACGCACAAGCUUUGUUCGCUUACGAUAUCAAACAAAAACCAGCAGCUGCUCGGAUUCUUACACCACAUGAAGAUGAAUUCAAAGCACUACGAGAUGGUAAAGAAGUUGAUAUGACAGCACCAGAACCUGUUGCGAAUGAAUUUGCUCAACAAUCAAAUGCUAUACUUGUACUCAAAGGUCAAAACACUUUCAUUGCUACACCAGAAGGUUCCCUUUUCAAAAACGAAGCUGGAAGUCGCGCGUUAGGUGAGCAAUACACGAGUGAAAUAACGCGACUAAAUAUCAAUUUUGUUGUAGGCACAGCAGGAAGUGGCGAUACUUUAGCUGGAAUCAUCGGUGGACUUUUAGCACAAGGCAUAGAAGCUCACAUUGCUGCCAUUUGGGGUGUUUACUUCCAUGCUAUUGCCGGUGAGAUAGUCUCAAAAGAAGUUGGGGAGGACGGAGCAAUGGCAUCGGACUUUAUCAAUCGUCUUCCUGCCAUCCAGCAACGUUUACGUCAAGAAACUCGCAGAAAACAUAGUAAGCCAAGUCAUUCUUAG